AUGACCGAAGUACUAUCCUUCGCAACUCGAGACAUGGAAACCGUGAGUGCUUCUCUUCGUUCUCACAUUAGUCUCCAGAAGCCCUUCGGAAACAACGGAGGCUUCACCCUGGCAUCAGACGGGAGACUAUCCCCCAGCCCCUAUACGCCGGGCUCUGGGAGGAAGAGAGCGUCGACCGUCGGUACUGCAGAUGCCGGCCGCGGCAUGUUUGAGCCACUCAAUGUUGGUGCUUCUAGUCAGGAUUGCUCUCGCGAUAUAAUAUGUCUGUCAUUCAUUUUGUAUCGCCAGCAUCAUCAGUCACAAGUCACUGCCGAAAAUCCCAAGCUUUCAAAUCCAGAAAUAUCCAAAAUUAUUGGUGACAAGUGGAAACACGAAAGUGAUGAUGUCAAGGACAACUGGAAGAAGUUGGCCGAAGAGGAGAAGCAGCGACACCAACAUCAGUAUCCAAACUACCGGUACCAGCCUCGGAGGAGUACGAAGAGUCAGAGCACAUGGACGAGCACAUCACCCACGGAUGAGCACGGACGAUGCCCGAAGUGCCAUGGCCGUUCGAUUUCAACUCCAAGGACCCCCUCAACGCCGUAUUCCACCUCACCGGCUGGAAAUUUCACGCUGCACUCUCAAUCUCAGCCACGGUUAAGGCGGCUCGACACGGCUGCCUUGUCUCGUCGAUCAAGCUUUGAGCAAUCCCCGACCAGUGGAAUGCCUUUCCCUCGCCAGUUGCCGCCCGUCCGGGACGUUGAACCGAGCGAACCGAGUUCCCCUGAGAGCAAGCGGCGACGUGCGAACGGUGCGGGCGGAUACCAUGCCAUCGCCGGAUCAACGGGAGCAUACACAACUAGGCCGCCUCCACCUCCGGAUUUGGGCCGCACGCUGCCGGAGAGCACUGCUGGUCUGAUGAGGCAUUACGUGGGGACGACACUGCCAGACUUGGCCAGCCUCCCGAGGUCACAAAGCGGUCCUAUGCCGCCGCCUCUGCGUCCUCCAGCUUCCUCCGCGUGGUCACUGGACAAGGAGCCUCUAAAUCGUCGACACAGUGGUUUUGACGAAUCCCUUCGGUUGCCACCGCUCCAGACGUCAAUCCCCCCCUCGCCUUCGAGGUCGCCGGCGUCGGAGGGUAGGCAUGUAGGCAUCCCGUCAACAAGAUUAAAUGUCUCACCAAGGAGGAAGCCACACUCAAUCAGCCAAGAGACAAUGACGAUGGAGGAACCACUUUUGAGUCAGAAGCUUGGCAUUUUGUCCACCAUCACACGGCUGUUGCCUCCAGAGGGUCGGCACGGGCCCCAUUGUGACAAGCGAGGGGUAUUCAUCGCUGUUGAAGGCAAUGUCAGCAAAGAACUCCUCGAAGAGACCGGCCUAUCCAUAGAAAAAGCCUUGGCGGCAAGUGGCGACGUUGCCGUCAAAGUGUGGGCAAGCGAAUCUGAUGUGCUGGAAACGGGACGGGGCAAGGCCUCUGGUGAAACCGACGGAGGAAAUGAUGGCAAUGCGGUGGAUGGCCUGCUGACAGAAUACUUUGAGACCAUUUUAUCUUGGCGGCGGAAGUCGAAGCAGAUUACCCGUUACGUCACAGGCGGACGUGCUGGCGGGAAUGUGCAAUACCAAGACCAGGACAAGGACUCGAAGGUGGUGCAAGCCCAAUCGACCGAGGCAUGCACCCCGAGAGAUGAUGGGAGAUGCUCAACGAAGGCGUCAAAAAUGCCGGUUGCUUUGGUAAAGGGUGGUUUCAGUCUGACCAUUUCAGACAAGUAUGCUUCCGCCAUGGCCAUGGCGGACAGAUACAGCGCGGUGGAUCACUGGCAAUGGACAGCCAGUUUUUGGCGCGGAAUCGCGAGUCCUGACCUGGUUGUUCAUGUACAGGAAAGCCGGGACGAUGCCAACAAAGCAGGCGUUGCGGACAUCUCGAGAAGCAUGGGGCUGCUUUCUGUAAGAGUAUUGGCAGGGCAAGGCCUGGACGAAGCAACGGAGCGCAGGAUGGCGUUCGAGGUGAUGGAAUGGAUGAGGGAGGCAUCCUUCCGAGACUAA